AUUAAUUAUACAGAACGACGCAUAAUUUUCACAUAAAAUUCAUAACCAAUACUGCUCAAAUCCGAAUAAAUAGAUCAGCUGGUUAGUAGUCUUCAGAUAUCUAUAAUCCAACUUUACAGCUCUCAAAUAGUAUUCACCUAGUUUCAGACACUAACAAUCUGUAAAUCUCAGGACCUAAAAACUGCAGAUGAAUAGCCUUAAGGCUUCUGCAUCAUCAUUGAGAUCAACAGUUUUCCUGCUUAUGAUCUUAAUAUUUACUAAACCAAUAAACUCCAAAGAUUUUCUUCAAUGCAUGGCAUCUAAGUUUUCUACUGCUAAUGUUUAUACAAAAGAAUCAACUUUAUAUUCCUCCCUAUUAUUAAAAUCACAGAAAAACCCAAGGUGGCUGAACUCCACCUUGGCCUUUAAACCCCUGUACAUAGUUACCCCAUCUCAGGAACCUGAGAUUGGAGUUACUGUCCUCUGCAGCAGAGAGCAUGGCCUUCAGGUGAGAGUUCGGAGUGGAGGCCAUGACUACGAGGGCCUAUCCUACCUGAGCAGAGCUCAUUUUGUCCUCAUUGAUCUUGUCCACCUUCGCGAGAUCAGGAUCAACAUGGAGGAUCAGACGUUAUGGGUUCAAUCUGGGGCUACGCUAGGGGAGCUCUACUACAACAUUGCACAGAGAAGUAGUACCUAUGGUUUCCCUGCAGGUGUGUGCCCUACAGUCGGAGUCGGAGGCCAUAUCAGUGGGGGUGGGUUAGGGGUUCUGACAAGGAAGUACGGUCUGGUGGCUGAUCAUGUGAUGGAUGCUCGCUUGGUUGACGUGAAUGGCCGAGUUUUAGACCGGAAGUUGAUGGGAGAGGAACUGUUUUGGGCUGUUAGAGGUGGUGGAGGAGCAAGUUUUGGGGUGAUUACUGCAUGGAAAAUCAAAAUGGUUCCAGUUCCACUUACUGUAACAGUUUUUACAGUUCAUAAAACUCUUGAGCAAGGUGCGAAUAAGCUCGUUGACCGUUGGCAGCAGAUUGCAGACAAGUUGCCAGAUGAUCUGUUCAUUAGGAUCAUAGUUCAGAAUGUGGGUGGUGGAAGUUAUGGUGUAAAGAAAACUGUUCAAGCUUCUUUCAACUCUAUGUUUCUUGGGAAUGUUCAGAGCCUAAUCUCAGUGAUGGAGCUAAUCUUCCCAGAAAUGGAAGUGGGGGCAAAAGACUGCAAAGAAGUGAGUUGGAUUGAAUCAAUUCUAUACUUUGCUGGGCACCCAAGCGGCACAUCAAGGGAAGUUCUCCUAGACAGAGAUCAUCAACUUUAUAAGAGCUACUUCAAGGCGAAAUCUGACUUUGUAAACCAAAUCAUACCAGAAACUGCCCUUCAACAAGCAUGGGAGAGACAAUUACAGGUAGAUGAGGCUUACAUGGUGAUGGAACCACUUGGUGGGAUGAUGAAUCACAUACCGGAAACCCAAUUAGCUUUCCCUCAUAGAGGAGGAAACCUAUAUAACAUACAGUAUAUAGUGAAGUGGAAGGUGAAUGAGGCUGAGGAAGCUAGAAGGCAUAUUCACUGGGUAAGAAUGCUUCAUGCAUUUAUGAGUCCAUAUGUUUCUAAGUCUCCAAGAACUGCCUAUUUUAAUUAUAGGGACCUUGAUUUGGGCAUUAAUGGGAAUAAUGGAACUACAAGCUAUCUGGAAGCUAGAGUUUGGGGUACCAAAUACUUCAAGAAUAAUUUCGAGAGGUUGGCCAAGGCGAAGAGAAGAAUUGAUCCAAGUAACUUCUUCAGAGAUGAGCAGAGUAUUCCUCCUUUUGGCUAAAAGGAGAAAGCACAGAAGGUCUUGUGUGUCUAGUUCCAGUGCAACAUGCACUCUAUGUAAAUUGAUGCCAAAAACUAAAAGUUGUCUUUGCAGAAUAGAAAUCCGCAAAUAGCCCAAAAAAAUAUAAUAAAAAGUGAAAUCUUUGCAUGGUCUUGGACUCUUGCAAAUACAACAUUCCUUAAGGGCACAGAAACUGAGCAGGAGAAAUAGAGAGAAAAAGGGGGUGAGUGAGUGAGGGUUCCGACUGUAGAGAAAAGGUAUAGAGAAAAUCUUACCAAAAUUUAACAACUUAGUGAGGAGAGGGAACAAAUGUCACGCAAAAGAAUUUUGGUCUAAUUAGGGCAUAGUAGCUUAAGGUGGUAGUGGCCAUUUCAUCAUAAUGAAAAACAGGUGGAAAGGAUACUUCUUAUAAACUUACAUUGCAAUUCUAGAGCAGGUCCAUUAAGUUCUAAAGUAUUUUCUUACCAGCAGACUGAACAAACAUCGGGCAGUUUUUAAUUAAAGCCAAAAAACACCUUCAAUUAAAAAAGGGAAACCCUAUUGGCUUACUGCAGGUCUUUUAUAUAUAUUACCUGAAUCAAAUGAACUUCAGAACAAAAGCUUGCUCAAAGACCAUGUUUGCAUACAACCUCAACAUAUCUCUGUGAAGUUGAAAGUAAUAUAUCCUAAACCAUCAACUCACAACCUUUAAACUGGAACUUUCUGCCAUUAUUCACAUCCAUAGAUUUUUUUCAAGCCCUAAACCAGCACCUACUCAAGCAUCGAAUAAAUCAUUAUCAUGCUGGUGCACUAAAUUUCCUAAACCAGAUU